UUUAAAAAUUACCCUUAAUUGCCCUUAAAAGGACAUUCUUAACAGGAUUGGUUAUUGCAGUAUAUGAUCAAAGCAUGACUUCCUCCUUCUUUAACAGACAUUUUCUUCUCACUUUCAACCCCCCCUCUUUAUCAUGCUCAUGCUUCUCUUAACCUCAGCGGAGUAUUUUUAUCUUAACGGGCAAGUUUCCUGCCAUUUCUCUGCUAGUCCAUCGACCCAUCUCCAACCCUGACAUGUGGCCAUGUUCACAAGUUGGACAGAAAAAAACACAUCCUGUACUGUUAGCGAAACAACUCAUGCAAACUUUAGUCUCUUCAUGUCUAAGGCCUAAAACAUGAGAGCAAUCCCAUAAUGCCUCCCUCGCAGCCUGUCUGGUCUCAUGCAUGAACCUCUUGAAUUCAUUCUGUUGAAAUAUUUCUGCUAUUCUGCCUUUUUUUUCAUAUGAUGCAGCGAGAUCCUCACCAGUCUCACACCUAGAAGUGAAAUGACAUCUAAGCAAACAUCAAAAGUCACAAAAUUUUCAAUACUCACUCUAAACCCAGUUUAUACAGCAUAACUAACAAUCUACUGUGCAAGUCAUCCAGUGAUGAUGUCACCCCACCCAUCGUCUACUAUCUAAAAUAUAGAUACCAGCCCUGCACUGUAAGGACUGAAAACUGCUCCGUAUUUCUGCAGCUGACAUUAUUGUCACGGGACGGCUCUCGAUCGCCUGGUGAGCGGGCAGAGAGGCGAGCGAGCGGAAGCAGGCACACAGGCAAGGUUCGGGAAAACAGGGUUUACUAGGAACAGGCUGCUGCAGUGGGGGUGCCUGCCCUGGAGCUGCAGGCUGUGCAGGCGGCUGCGCAGGCGGUGGCUGCGCAGGCGAAGGUGGCCAUGCGGGCUGCACAGGCGGUAGCGGCGGCUGCACGGGCGCUGGGUCCGCGGGCAGCGGCGACGGCUCCGACGGCGUAGUCGGGACCGGUGCUCUCCGGACAGGAGAGGCUGCCUGGGGAGGCAGCUUAGCAGAGUUGGGGGCCAUCCGGGUGAUCGGGGAGUCCUCCCGAUCCUCCUCCGGGAGGGCCGCCGGGAUGAGGGCACAUGCCCUCAAGGCGAUCGUCGGGGCGAUCGUGGGUCCCCUCCUUCUCCUCCUCCGGCUCUUGGCAGCGGCGGGAGGUGGAGCUACGUCCGCGGACGCGGACGUCGGAAGGACGGGCCCCCGCUCGCUGGGAGCGACAGAGCGCUCGGUCCGGAGCUGAGCAAUUUCAUGGAGACCCUCGCGCAGCUCCUCGGCCAAGCGGGCGUCCAAGUCGAGGGCUAGCUCUUCGAGGGUCUCCAUACACCGGCGAACGAGGCUCCACGCGGGAGGAUCCUCCUUGAUCCCGGGUUGGGAUCUCCAAGAAUCCACUCGCUCUCCGAGGCGGAAGUAGUCCUCCUCGGAGAUGUAAGCCGCUUUGUUUGGGUCUGUCAUUCUGUCACGGGACGGCUCGCGAUCGCCUGGUGAGCGGGCAGAGAGGCGAGCAAGCGGAAGCAGGCACACAGGCAAGGUUUGGGAAAACAGGGUUUACUGGCAACAGGCACGGACAAACACUGGGUAACAUCAAUGACAGACACUGGAUUAAUACACAACAGGAACUUAAAUACAGGAAACAAGGCAGCAGGAAACAAGACAUGACUGGGCACAAUCAGGGAAUCACACGUGGGUAAUUAGAGGGCGUGGCACACACGAGGAACGGACGGAGCGGGCGUCACAAUUAUUUUGAGCUGAAUUUUUUUUGAAAAAAUUCUAGGCAGGGGGCAUUUUAUAGCAAGCCACGCUGCGACAAAAUGAGUGCCCCUGUCUAACUCUAGUGGAAAAUCCAGUGGCAUUUCUAGCUACUGAAAAGAUCUGGGGCUAAGUGAAGUUUACCUGGGGCAUUACUUUUUUUUUGUAAGAAAAUUAGCAUCGGAGCUAAAAUCCUAAAUCCAGGAGAGCAUUUGUGAGGUCAGGCUGAUGUUGGAUGAGAAGGCCUGGCUCGCAAUCUCCGCUCUAAUUCAUCUCAACGGUAUUCUAUCAGGUAGAGGUCAGGGUUCUGUGCAGGCCAGUCAAGUUCCUCCACACCAGACUCGCUCAUCCAUGUCCUUAUGGACCUUGUUUUGUGGAUUGGUGCACAGUCAUGUUGGAACAGGAAGGGGCCAUCCCCAAACUGUUCCCACAAAGUUGGGAGCAUGAAAUUGUCCAAAAUGGCUUUGAAUGCUGCAGCAUUAAGAGUUCCUUUCACUGGAGCUAAGGGGCCAAGCACAGCCCCUGAAAAGCAACCCCACACCAUAAUUCCCCCUCCACCAAACUUGGCACUUUGCAGUCAAACAAGUACCGUUCUCCUGGCAACUGCCAAACACAGACUCGUCCAUUGGAUUGCCAGACAGAAAUUCCUGAUUCGUCACUCCAGAGAACAUGUCUUCACUGCUCUUGAGUCUAGUGGCAGCAUGCCUUACACCACUGCAUAUGACACUUUGCAUUGUACUUGGUGAAGUCUUGGGUGCAGCUGCUCGGCCCAUUCCAUGAAGUUCUCUAUGCACUGUCCUUAAGAUAAUCUGAAGGCCAUAUGAAGUUUGGAGGUCUGUAGCUAUUGACUCUGCAGACAGUUGGUGACUUCUGCACACUGUGCACCUCAGCAUGCGUUGUCCCCGCUCUGUGAUUUUACAUGGCCUAUCACUUCAUGGCUGAGAUGCUGUUGUUCCCAAUUGCUUCCACUUUUUGUUAUAAUAUUACUAAGAGUUGACCGUGAAAUAUUUAGUAGUGACGAAAUUUCACGAAUGGACUUAUUGCACAGGUGGCAUCCUGUCACGGUACCACGCUUGAAUUCACUGAGCUCCUGUUUGUAGAAGCAGUCUGCAUGCCUAGGUGCUUGAUUUUAUAUACCUGUGGCUAUGGAAGUGACUGGAACACCUGAAUUCAAUGAUUUGGAGGGGUGUUCCAAUACUUUUUGCAAUAUAGUGUAGUUAUAAUGGAUCCCAGGAUCUCAUUAUGUUUUAUAAGAGGCACAAAAAAUACUCAGAGUGCUUUUCAAAUGAUCCAGAAGGAGCUAAGAUGUAAAGCCUUAGGCUUUAUUUUUGAGGGUGAGGUCAACUAAUACUGACGGACCAUCAUGUGCAUGACUAACAUAGUGUUAGCAAAAAGAAUAAACCUGUGCUGUCACGGGAUGGGGCAGAACUGAGGACACGGGGGUGGGAUUCAGGGCAAACAAACGGGAUUAAUUAACUGAACUUAACUGAAUCAUGGUGGAUAAAAUGAAAGAGGCCAAGGCACACUAGGCUGGGGCACGCAGCGUCAAGGAUGAAGCUAACACAAGACAGGGAGGCACUUAUAAACAGGGCUAAUAAGGGAUCAAACAAGGGGCAGCUGGAGUGAAUAUAGGACCCUAAUUAACAUAUAAGCCAUUUUUUUUAAUCUUCAUCAGUUGGUACUGAACAUUACAGAUAUGUUGAUGGAAUCAUGUAUGAAUUUUAUAACAGGAGAUAUAUCGUACAAGGUCGGUGGAACCAGAGGGGAAAACAAAGUGAGGGAUGCAAUUGCAAUAUGUUUUUUUGCAUGUUUUGGUGUGACUGCUGGCAUCAACAAAUGGGUAAAAAAAUAAAGAACGUAACAUCAUAACUUCAUAACUUUGUGGCAGAGUGCCCUGCUAUAAAAUUCCCUGUCUAGAAUUCUUUCCUUAUCACCCAGCUCAAGUUAAAGUGAAUAGUGAAUACUUUUGAUUACUUUUGGUGUUUGGUUCAAUUUCAUAUCAUUUCCAGGUGUGACGGUGCCGAGUAUGAGGUCAUUUGCCAGAUUAUAUGACAAGAAGACAAAAUAACAAAAAACUGAAGCAGAAUGAAUUCAGUAAAGUGUGAAAAAUAUUAUUCAAGUCAAUGAAUCACUUCUUGUGACUGUAGGCGACUGUAUUUGCACAAAUGAGCAUUGUUGAGUGAAAAAGUUGUUACUGUCACAUUUGCAAUGUUAUACUGGAGGUUGUUAAUCUUAAGGUUUGGUUUUAAAACAUCAUGAUAAGUAAUGUGAAUUUUUUUGUCUAUUUAAGGCAAAAUAAAAAGAGAGUGACAGUGAGCGGUCGCUUCUGCUGCGAAGGAGGAGUGACUUUGCCCUUAAAAAGAGCGAUUACGUCAUGGGAGGCAGUCUGUGGCUGGGGGCAGUUUAGAGCACAACACAGUAUGAAUUUGUGUACAUACCUAGUGUCUCAUCACCAGGUGUGAACUGAAAGUGAAAAAUAUAUUUGUAUAUAUUUAAUCAAGAAUAGGUGAAAUUUGCCAGUUAUAUAAAAAUGGUUAUUUUGGUAAAAGAAGAGCAGUCAGCACCUAAGACAAUGAAGAUCACAAGUCUCACUAUUAUGUUAAUCCUGUUCAACUUCAAAAUCAACUCAACUGAUGAGCGGCUGGUGGUGACGGGUGCAAAUGAGCCUGUCUAUGCACAUGCUGGAGAGGAUGUGACUCUCAGCUGCUCUGUGGACACCCAUGUUAAUGUGGCAGAGCUUCAGGUGGAAUGGAGAAAGACAGACGAUGACAUCUUUGUGCUUCUGUAUGCUGAUGGAGAGAACAGACCAGAGUUACAGGAUGGGAGAUACUCUGGAAGAGCUGAAUUCUUCACUGAGGAAAUUCCCAAAGGAAACUUCUCAAUGAAACUGAGGAAAGUCAGGAUGGAAGACAAAGGAGAGUUCAGGUGUGAAGUCCACUCAGAUACUGAUUCUGCCAGUACAACAGCCAGGAUAGCAGCACUGGGUUAUUCAUCCCUGCAUUGGCUGAUUCUGGGGCUGUGCAUCGCUGUCACACCUGUAGUCAUACUUACUGGUGCUUUAUCUGUCAGGCAUUAUACAAGUAAAAGUAAAAGCAGACAGGCUUUGUUGAGUCACUGGUCACAUGUCACAGUCCCACCAAUCAUGGUUUCCUCAGCAUUCAUUCUGUGGGGUAUAACUGAAGGAUCUACAGAAGAGGCCGUUACUUGUACUGCCAUCAGCCUGCUGAAUAUCCUGGUGCUGUUUAAUAUGGACUCAGAUCGAUUAUAUCCAGAUGUACCUUGGAGAGUUAUAUACCUGACUCGGACAGUAGGAAGCACCAUCAUCAUUAUGACUAUAUGCUCUGUUCCUGUCAUUCAGCUUUCAACAAGAUAUUCCACAACCACAGCUGGGAAAGCAGCGCUAGGAGUCUUUGUAGGUGGAUUUGUGAUGAUCUUCAUAGCUUCUAUGCAAUUUGUCUUCCUUUGGAUUUAUCAGAAAUAUGUUACUUUACCCUGGGCUACAUUUCAGGAGACACUGAAGAAAAAACUAUGGGCUGUAUGUGUAUUUCUGACAAUCAUGGUUUUAGUUGCAAUUGGUGUUCGUGUGUUUGCUGUGGAAUAUUUCUCUGAAGAAGCAGAAACUAGAACAAUUUUUAUCAUCUUUAUAAUUUUGACAAUCAUAUUUUUAAUGCCAUAUGGACACACGAUAUUCAACAUGCUGACCCUUAAUUUAUAUGUGCAGCUUAUUGCCUUGAUGCGAGACACAUAUCAUAGACUGGAACAUAUCAUCCCGAUUGCAGUAGCUUGUUUGGGAAUUUGUGCAUGCUGUAUUGCCAAAAUGGUUCAGUGCUCAUUCAGACAUUUCUAUUUGGUUCAGAAAAUCCUUUUGGGGAUUUUUAUCACACUUCAACUAAUAUUAAGUCUCCUGUAUGUCAGUGCGAUUCUGGAACAUGACAAAGGACGACCUGUAAAGAUCUGUGAGUUUGUGUUCUUCUACAUCCUGACUGCCACAAAGAAUGAUGACUGGGAUCGGAAUGCGCACCUUGCCAAACCCCGUAAAUAUGCAUAUUUCUUAGGGACUUUUGGUCUCCCUUUCCUGAAUUCUGUUGCCCUGGCUGUAGUAUUAAUACUCAAAGCAGACACAGGAAAACAGCCAUUGGAUCUACGGCUGAUUGUCCUGAUUUCUGGGUCUGUCUUCCUCUUUAGCUGGUUUGUUAUAGAGAUGUCUGCUUACUAUUUGGCAAGCAAAGUAAUAAUAAAAGAAGCAUUCACCCAGAUCAAAGAUCCUGAGCCAGACCAGAAGCCCAAGCUGAUCCAGGAUUGCCUGUUGCUCUUGCAACACGCUGACAAUUGCCAGUGGGAAAAGCAAGCUAACAGGAGAUCGUGGUCGUGCUCGAGGCCCCACUGCCGCACCAUGAGGAGGGUCCUGAAGCACAUGGACAGCUGCCAGGCCGGUACAUCCUGCCAGGUGAAGCACUGCGCUUCAUCCUACCAGAUCAUCUCACACUGGGAGAACUGCACAGAGCAUGAUUGUCCCAUUUGCCAGCCACUGAAGAACAUGGGCUACAGAUGGCACUUCAAAGGAUCACAUGACAAUGAGGAGACUGUUGCAUUGUCCCCCACUGAUCCCAAUGGACCAAACACAGAGGAGGGAUCACAUGACUAUGAGAAUACAGUGACAUAAUCGCCUGCUGAUCACAAUGAACCAAACCCAGAGGAGGUUUUACUGGGGGAGAAGAACACAGAAGGCUGAAGGAUCUAUAGAGUUUAAUUUUAUAUUUUUGUCUACAAUCCCAAGUUUGUCAGGGUCUGUUGGAUCAACAAGUUAGUCAAGUUAGCAGUCAUCAGAUUAUCAAUAAUAAUUUAGACAGUUGAGGGACUUUGCUGGGUAGCAAAUAAGCAAUUCUAGAACAAGUUGAACAUGUAUAUAAGCAAAUGUUUUUCUAUAGAGAAGAUCACUGGGUAGGACCAUUACAUAUCUAUAUUAUGUAUCUAUAUCUGUAUAUGUAUCUAUAUUCAGUCUCCUGAUGAUAGACAUCUUUGAAGAACAAUACCAUCUUCAUAUCUUCUUAUUUCUUCAAAAAUUGACUUUGUAUGUUAUGCUGUUUUUACAUUAAACUUUUCACUCUCAGAAUAUCUGCUUAGUAUAAAACUAUUUACUUCAUUUGAAGAGACAUUGCUUAGAGAAAUGAUGUAUUUGGAAAGCUACAAGUAAUAAGCAAAUUCGUUUCAAGACAACAUUCCAGAAACCUUCCUUUGUAAAUAUUUAUACAUUAUAUGAUUAUCUGACUUAUCUUUGCAGUGUUGUUCACAGUGUUAAAAUGUGCAGUGUUAUUACCAACAUUCUGAAUAAAUCCUUACUUCUCACAGU